ACAAUGAUUGCAGUUGGUACUAAAGUGGACAACUCUGAGAGAUCAUCAAACUAGUAUAUUUCUUUUAUAAUGGAAAAAAUUCAGUAUACUGUGUUUUUUCUGUUGAGCAUUCUGACACAGUAUAGCUUCUCGCUCUCCUGUCAUCCUAAAUGCCAGUGCAUAUGGAGGAAAGGCAAACAGACAGCAGAAUGCUCCUUAGCAGGAUUUGAAAGGAUUCCUCCUGGGCUUGAACCUACCAUUCAAGUUCUGGAUUUGACUAGAAAUAAUUUUACUCUUUUGCCUCCGAAUGCUUUCCUCAAUGCUGGAUUGGUUAAUUUGCAGAAAGUAUAUCUUGCCCGAUGUGGAAUAGAGCACAUUGAUGAUUUCGCUUUAAACCGAAUUUCAAAUCUGGUUGAGCUCGAUCUCAGCGAUAACCUCAUCUCUUACAUUCCUACAGCAGCAUUCCGUCAUCUACCAUUAUUGAGACACUUGAUUUUAAGCGGAAAUCCUUUAGUCAUAGUCCCUUCACAAGCUUUCGUGGAACUUAAAACCCUUAUCAUUUUAGAAAUCAGUAACUGCAAAAUUGACACUAUUGCUGCCAGAGCUUUUGAAGGAUUAGAGAAACUGGAAGUUUUGAAGCUUGAUAGUAAUGAACUACAAACUCUACAUGCAAAAACUAUGAUGCCGUUUAAGUUUCUUCAUGGCAUAACUCUCGAUGGUAAUCCUUGGACGUGUGACUGCGAACUUCGAGGUCUUCGGCAGUGGUUACAUGAUAAUAAUGUUCCUUACAUUCCACCAACUUGCUAUCGACCGGUGAGACUUCGUGAUAAAAUAUGGACAGAAGUCAACAUCGAGGAUUAUGCUUGUGCUCCCACAUUUUUGAAUACAUCUAGUGCCAUGAACGUGUUCGAAGGUUCAAACGUAACCUUAGAGUGUAAGGUUUCUGGUGAUCCUAUUCCGUCUAUUCAGUGGUUGUGGAGAGAAAGAGUUAUUGCAAAUUUAUCUGAAGGAAUUUCAUCUAUGCAGACGUUUAUCAUGUCCGAAUACACAGAAAAAGAAAAGUACUCCAAGCUAAAAAUAUCAUCCGUUCAAGAGCCAAAUGCUGGAGUAUAUACUUGCGUGGCUUCCAACACAGCGGGAAAGGUUUCAAAGAAUUUCACAUUAAUGGUUUCAAGAAUUCCUGUAACAGGUGUGAAAAUUAUUGAAGAAGAAAAAACUCAGGAAGUGAAAGAAGAAGAAGAAGAUAGAAACAGUUCUAUGGCUGGAAUGGCUAUUGGUAUGGUCACUGGUGCAGUGAUUGUUCUUGUAGUUCUUUCGAUGGUUCUUUGGUUAUGCCACAGGAGACGACAGCGCAAUGCUCAACGUAAGCGAAUUGAAGCUAAUCACAAAAUUUGUAACUCCGUAAACCCAACGUCUCCUAAAGUUCCCCAGGAUGAUUCUGAUAUGAAAAUUCUUGGUGUUAAUGCUAUGGAUAAAACGCCUCGAAUGGGGGGAUACGAAGGUCUUCCCACAAAUGAACUGCCAGUAGAAUAUGAUCCUAGAAUGGUUGACUCCACUAUACCUGGACAUGUGUGGAUGGUUCCAGAUCACAUGUCUUCAGCUGACAUGGAAUGGGAUGGCCAUAAUCCUUCUCAAGAUAUGAUACUGACCCAACAAGUCCUCGUCGAGAAACGAAGCACUGCCCCUAUCCCGUUGCCAGUCCCUCAAGAGGAUAUUCAUGUCCGUUUACAUCAUGAGCUUUCGGAUACAUUAAGAAAGAAAGGCGGAGAUCGUAAAGCAGGCAAUGAAAGAGAACGAGGAGAUGGCAGCUCUGAAAUGGAAUCAAUUGACCCCGAAGGAAUCAAACUAAACUUUGAGUCACCGAUCAUACGAGAAGAAGAAAGGAAUAGCCGUGUUUCAACAUUCCUUCCCGAAAAGUGUUCUGAAGAGAAGGGUCCUGAUUUGAUAGAUCAUGCUCGUGCAGUACCUGGAGAUAUUGAUGAUUGGAAAAAUGGUCAAGCGCAACCAUGGAUGUAUGAACAAGGCGCAGCAUAUUACAGAUCUGCAGUCGCUCAGGCAAAGAGCAUUACUGCAGCUUCUCGUCUGAGCAGCGAUGGCGAGUCCACAGCGACAGAAGUGUAACCUCGUUACUCUACCUCAUGUCAUAUGGACAUUUGCCACCGAACGGAAAUUGUCGCCGUGGUAAUAAUCGAUUUACAGUGAACUCAGCUCAGACAACAAUAUGUAUAACUCCUGAAGAAUUCUAUGUGAAAUAUUGUGCUUCAAAAUUUUUACUGAUGUGGUGCUCUGACAUAACGUUAAUGCUCCUCUCAGUUACAGUUGGAAAUAUUGUAUAUUUUUUGCGAAUGUACCUCAUGGUACUAUUUGAUUUGUACACUAAAACGAUGAACUAAAGAUGUUGUUGCGUAUGCAUGUAAACGUUAUAUAUUAUACAUAUACCAUAUAUAUAUAAAUAAAUAUAUAUAUAUAUAUACAUAUACACAUACACAGAAGUGUACCGUCUAUACGACCUAGUGGUGUUGCUCAAAUGUGAAGCGGACAUUUUCUAAUGUGAUAAAUGAAGAUUCCACGUCGUACAAAAGUUUUAUCAAGUAUAUACAAAGUUGUCGAAGUUUGUUUAACAAGGCACACAAAGAUUGUUGCCGAACGUGUGUAUGUUUUUAAUGCCGAGUUCCCUUC